GUAUGUUGUAACAUAAUAUCUUCAGUCUUCUAAUAAACUUUCCUGUAAUUCUAUACAUUUAUAUAUCUCUUGUAAAUUCAAUAACUAAGUUUGCCCAAGUUGAAAUUUUUCUAUGCAUGUUGUCCAAAUGAGACUGAAUAGUCCAGGGCUCCAGGUUGCAUUGGCGUCAUAUGUGUAUUCGAAUAUUGUUGAUGGUGGCAGUGACUUCCACUUCUGCGAGGUUAUAAUGGGCUGAAGGUCCUCCGCCAGACAGGGAUCAAAUGAAUCACGCCGAGUGCCUGAAGACCAGGAAGGCCAAAGCGGCCGCCGCUAAAGCUGCGAUGGAGAAGGCCAAGAAUGCCCCCGCCUCGGCGUCCAACUCCUCGGCUUCUGACGCUGCCCGGCGAACUGCCGAGGGUGAGCAGCAUCUGAUUGCCACUGUGCUGGCUCAGGGUUCCGGGGCCCCUGCUCUCGAAGCCGCCCUUCCCCUGCCGGUCGUCCCCACGAAGACGGCUCCUCAGAAGGGUCCGGAGAAAGCCCCGGAGAAGAGACAGAAGAGGGGCCGCGAAGCAGGCUCCACCGGGCCCCUGCUUGAAGACGCCGGCUCCUUGCCAUUGAGCCGCCCGGCGGAAGAGCUCUGGAGGGAGAUGGCCCUCAAGGCUGGUCUAGAGCUGCCCAGCCGUUCGUCCUCUGAGGCGACAAGCGCUGCCCUGGCAGCCGCUCUUCAGUCUGGGCUUCUAGUCCUUCAGGCUGAAGCUGCCCGGGAGGCCGACCUGAAGGAGGCCAAGGCCAAAGCUGACGCGGCCAUCGCUGCGGCCCGGGAGGCCGCUCGUCGAGCAGAGGCGGAGGCGGCCGCCAAGGAGAAGGAGAUCGCCGCCCUGCGGGCAGAGUCCCGCCAGCAGCUGGUCAGCCUUGAGAAAGCUGGCUUCAAGCUUGUCCCGGUGCACCCUACUGCAAAGGGUGCCAGUCCGGAGUGGCUGGUCGAUACCUCCGGCUAUCGGAACACCGGGGAGUUCAUGGAUUCCGCCAAGGAUUACUGCGCCGGAGCCUUCGGUGACGUUUUCUCUGCGGCGCUGGAGAAGAUCCCACCCCGGCAGCGUCUGGCGAGCGGGGUCCGGAUUCUGGAGAGCUCCCCCUUGUCUCACAAGUUCCUCUACGAGGUCGGCGACAGCUCCUUCGCCGCCGGUUACAAUGAGGGGGUCAAGGCCACCCUUCCCAUCUUCUCAAGGCUGCAGGGGGCCGACUUCGAGCUCGCUGCCAAUACGGAUGAUGAUCUGCUGCUCCAAGCCUUGGGGAAGUUGGGGAGGGACCAACGGCGGGAGGAAGCCAAGGCCAGAGGAGAGAUUCCGGAGCCCCCGACCCCUGAGCCCGAGGCCGAGGAGGAAGAGCAGAUUCCGGGAGGCAGCCGGCCUGAAUCCCCCUUCUUUGUAUAAUGUACUUUGUAUUUUUCCAUUCCAACCUUUGUAAUGUCCGGCCGUUAGAGCCGAGGAAUAUACAUCUUUUUGCCCAUGAU